AUGUACGUUAAAGUUGAGACAGAACGACUUAAUUACAUUCGAUACAAUCAGUCGAAGUUGCGAUCUGAAGAGUAUGUUCACUUACGAGAUGCGAUGAAUAGUGAUGCGGAUAUUACAGAUAUUGCUCGACUAACUAUUUUGCCAUCGACAUACAUUGGCAGUCCUAGACACAUGCAUGAGUACUCCCAGGACGCGAUGACUUACGUGCGCAAUUAUGGACGACCGGAUUUGUUUGUAACAUUUACUUGCAAUCCAAAAUGGCCAGACAUUACGAAUCUGUUGCAUCCCGGCCAAUCACCAAGCGAUCACCACGACGUCACAGCACGAGUGUUUAAACAAAAACUCAGAUGUUUGAUGGACUUCAUUACGAAACAACGUGUAUAUGGUACUGUUCGAUGCUGGAUGUACUCAGUGGAGUGGCAGAAGAGAGGUUUACCCCACGCACACAUUCUGCUUUGGAUGGUGGAGAAAAUUACACCUGACCAAAUUGAUGACAUAAUUUCCGCUGAAAUUCCUGAUGUUGAUAUAGAUCCAGAGUUGCACGAAGUGGUGAUGGCCAAUAUGGUUCAUGGGCCAUGCGGACAACACGAUCCAUCUUCGGUUUGUAUGUCGGACAAUAAAUGCAAAAAACGCUAUCCACGUGAUUUUAUUUCGGAAACUCAAACUGGAAACGAUGGAUACCCUCUCUAUCGGCGUCGCUCACCCGCUGACAAUGGCAGAACAUCCAUCACUCAAUUGAAAGGAAAGAAUUUCUUGGUUGAUAACACAUGGAUCGUUCCAUAUUCGCCUAUUUUGUCUAAGGCAUUCAAAACACAUAUAAAUGCUGAGUAUUGCAGUUCAAUAAAGUCAAUUAAGUAUGUUUGCAAAUACGUCACCAAAGGAAGCGAUAUGGCGGUUAUUGGCGUGGAACGAGAUGAAAUUAGCAAAUUUCAAAUGGGCAGAUAUGUCAAUUGCAAUGAAGCAAUCUGGAGAAUAUUUUCAUUUGCAAUACAUGAACGCCAUCCGACUGUUGUGCAUCUGGCAGUUCAUUUGGAGAAUGGCCAACGAGUUUAUUUCAACGCAGAGAACAUAGUACAGCGAGUGGAAAGACCACCAGCAACCACUUUAACAAGUUUCUUUGCAACUUGCGCCAGUGAUCCGUUCGCGAGAACAUUGCUUUACUCUGAGAUGCCUCGGUAUUAUACAUGGAAUGCAUCGUCGAAGAAAUGGUUACGCAGGAAGUACGGCCAUCCAGUAGAUGGUUAUCCAGGUGUUUUUUCAACUGAUGCAUUGGGAAGAAUUUACAGUAUCCAUCCAAAGAACGAUGAUUGCUUUUACCUACGUUUGCUUCUGGUCAAUGUACGCGGUUCAACUUCAUUUCAAUCUUUGAGGACUGUAGAUGGUACCAUUUGUGCAACAUUUCGAGAAGCAUGUCAACAUUUGAAAUUGCUUGAACACGACAGUCACUGGAAUCAAACGCUAGCGGAUGCAAUAGCUUCCUCACCAGCCACUGCACUUUUCGCUAUAAUAAUUUCGACAUGUCAGCCUUCAAACCCGCGUCUAUUAUGGGAUACGUACAAAGAUGACAUGGCAGAAGAUAUUUUGCACCGCUUGCGACUAGCGACAAGAAAUUUCGAGUUGCAAAUGAACGCUGACAUCUACAAUGAAGCAUUAGUCCUUACUGAAGAUUUAUGUUUACUCAUGAGUGGAAAACUAUUGAUUGAAGUUCAUAUGCCAGCGCCAAGUCGUCAAGCAAGGGAUGUACUGAAUCACGAAUUGGAACGCGAGCGUGCUUACGAUAUAACUCACUUGCAACAACAAGUACAAACAAAUUUUCCACUGUUGAAUGAACAGCAAAGCAGUGCGUACAAUCAACUAAUAAAUGCUGCAGAUAAUGGAAACGGUGGCAUAUUUUUUCUCGAUGCGCCCGGCGGGACCGGUAAAACGUUCCUAUUGUCUUUAAUACUAGCAGCAAUACGUGGUCAAAGUGGUAUUGCAUUAGCUCUUGCAUCUACCGGGAUUACGGCAACACUGUUGGAAGGUGGAAGAACGGCACAUUCAGCAUUAAAGCUUCCAUUAAACUUGCAAAUACACGAAAGUCCUGUUUGCAAUAUUUCAAAGCAAUCAGCAAUGGCACAAGUUUUAAGAAACUGUAAAUUGAUCAUAUGGGAUGAGUGCGCAAUGGCCUACAAACGAUCAUUAGAAGCACUCGACCGAACAUUGAGAGAUUUGCGCAAUAAUGAUCGUUGCUUUGGAGGAGUGAUGAUAUUGCUGGCGGGCGACUUCAGACAAGCACUACCCGUGAUUCCAAAAUCAACAGCGGCGGAUGAGCUAAACGCAUGUCUGAAGUCAUCGCAUUUGUGGAGACAAAAUAAGUUUAAUGCACUUUUGGCGCGUGUGGAACUUUGUUAUGUGGAUAUGAAUUUCUGA